AUGGCCGCGCGAAAAACUAUCCUCCCCAACGCCUUCGCGGACAUCUUGGAGGCCGCCGCGGACUCGCCGGGCGCGUCCUCCGCUUCGGAUGCGUCGCCGUCGUCGGCGGCGGCGGCGUCGCCGUCCCUCGAGGCAAUAACCACGAUGGCCCGCCCGCGGGCCCUCAGCGCGAGCCACAGCGUGAACGUCGCGCCGCCGCCGAAGCGCAGCGACGUCGCGCCGCCGCUACCGGCGCCAAAGCCCAGCGACGCCGCGCCGCCGCCGAAGCGCGACGACGUCGCGCCGCCGCCGCCGCCGCCGGAGCGCGACGACGACGACGCGGCGGCGCUGCGCGCGCGCGUCGAGGCGCUGUCGCUGGAGAACGAGCGGCUGCGGCGCGAGGCCGGCGCCGCGGCGCCGCGGUCCGCGGCAUCGAAGCCCGCGCGGUCGCGGAGCUGCGACGAGGACGGCGAGGCGGCGCCGCGGCCGCGGCCGGCGCGCUACAGCGUCGGCGCGGCGCGGGGCCGCUACAGCGUCGACGCCGCGCUCGCGGGCCGGCGGACGUCGCUGUCGCUGCCCGAGCCCCGGGCCGGCGGCGCGGCCGCCGGGCCCUUCGUCGCC